AUCACGCGGUCUGAGGCGGCGGCGGCGCCCCCGGGCUCAGCCCCGCAGCCCCCUCAGGCAGAGGCGCCGCCGCGGUGCCCGGCGGAGGAUGGUGCGCGCCGUGCGGGCCGCUCCCCGCAGCCUCAGCCGCAGCAGCGCCUCAGCCGAGCGGGCCGCGGCGGGCAGCCGACCCCCGCACCGGGCGUGCGGCCGGCCGGCGCGCUGAGGCUCGGACGCCGGAGCCCGGGCGACGCCGCGAUCGCAGCGGCCAUGGGGGCCCUGACGAGCCGGCAGCACGCGGGCGUGGAGGAGGUGGACAUCCCGUCCAAUUCCGUGUACCGCUACCCGCCCAAGUCCGGCAGCUAUUUUGCCAGCCACUUCAUCAUGGGAGGAGAGAAGUUUGACUCCACGCAUCCGGAGGGUUACCUGUUUGGCGAGAACAGCGACCUGAACUUCCUGGGAAACAGGCCGGUGGCGUUCCCUUACGCUGCCCCGCCUCCCCAAGAACCUGUGAAGACUCUGAGAAGCCUGAUCAACAUCCGGAAGGACACGCUGAGACUUGUCAAAUGUGCUGAGGAAGUGAAGAGCCACGGAGAAGAGGCAGGCAAAGCUAAGGUCCACUACAAUGUCGAGUUCACCUUUGACACAGAUGCCCGGGUAGCCAUCACCAUCUACUACCAGGCCACUGAGGAAUUCCAGAAUGGCAUUGCCAGCUACAUUCCAAAAGACAACAGCCUGCAGUCAGAGACCGUGCACUACAAGCGAGGGGUGUGCCAGCAGUUCUGCCUGCCCUCCCAUACCGUGGACCCCUCGGAGUGGGCCGAAGAGGAGCUUGGCUUUGAUCUGGACCGUGAAGUCUACCCUCUGGUAGUGCACGCUGUGGUGGAUGAAGGAGAUGAGUAUUUUGGCCACUGCCACGUGCUUCUGGGCACUUUUGAGAAGCACCCGGACGGGACCUUCUGUGUGAAGCCCCUCAAGCAGAAGCAAGUGGUGGAUGGGGUCAGCUACCUUCUUCAGGAGAUCUAUGGGAUUGAAAACAAGUACAACACACAAGAUUCCAAGGUGGCAGAGGACGACGUCAGUGACAACAGCGCUGAGUGUGUGGUGUGUCUCUCUGACGUCCGCGAUACUUUGAUCCUGCCCUGCCGGCACCUCUGCCUCUGCAACACCUGCGCAGACACCCUGCGCUACCAGGCCAACAACUGCCCCAUCUGCCGGCUGCCCUUCCGGGCACUGCUUCAGAUCCGAGCCAUGAGGAAAAAACUGGGCCCUCUGUCCCCAAGCAGCUUUAACCCCAUCAUCUCUUCCCAGACCUCGGACUCUGAGGAGCAUUCAUCCUCAGAGAACAUCCCCCCGGGCUAUGAAGUGGUGUCUCUCCUCGAGGCCCUCAACGGGCCCCUCACCUCGUCCCCGGCAGUGCCUCCCCUUCACGUUCUUGGGGAUGGCCACCUCUCAGGAAUGCUCCCGUCCUAUGGCAGUGAUGGCUACCUGCCCCCUGUUAGGACACUGUCCCCCCUUGACCGCCUGUCUGACUGCAACAACCAAGGACUCAAACUCAAAAAGAGUCUAUCCAAAUCCAUUUCCCAGAAUUCUUCUGUGCUUCACGAAGAGGAAGAUGAGCGCUCUUGCAGUGAGUCAGACACUCAGCUCUCUCAGAGGCUCUCAGUCCAGCACCCUGAAGAGGGGCUGUUGACCAGUCGUCUUGCACAGGGACUCCGCUCUCUUCUACCAUCUCCUCCCCAGAAGGUACCUAAGGGAGUAACUGCAUGCGCCUCCCUCACCUGGUCCACAGCCGUGACUUCCUCUGGGGAUGGGAGCAGUGAGCUGGUGAUUAAACCGGUCCACACUGGAGAAGACCCAGCCAGCAGCAGCCUGGCCCAGUCAGUCAUGUCCAUGGCUUCCUCCCAGAUCAGCACCGACACGGUGUCCUCCAUGUCUGGCUCCUACAUCGCACCUGGUACAGAAGAAGAAGGAGAAGCCCUGCCUUCCCCCCGAGCUGCUAGCAGGGCCCCUUCAGAAGGAGAGGAGACACCAGCAGAGUCCCCAGACAGCAAUUUCGCUGGCCUUCCAGCUGGAGAGCAGGAUGCAGAGGGAAAUGAUAUCAUAGAGGAAGAGGACAGAUCACCUGUGCGAGAAGAUGGCCAGAGGACAUGCGCAUUUCUAGGCAUGGAGUGUGACAAUAACAAUGACUUUGACGUCGCAAGCGUGAAAGCACUGGACAAUAAGCUGUGCUCUGAGGUCUGCUUACCCGCCGCAGCUCCGGAGUCCUGCCCCAUAAACAUUGAGGAAUAGGUACCUGGCAGCAUGAGGAUAACACUGUCAACUGUCGCCAUACCCAGCGCCGGCGCUUAUCCUCCAGCAGCCUGGAGGACCCUGAGGAGAACAGGCCUUGUGUAUGGGAUCCUAUGGCUGUCUGAGGGCAUCUGCACCUCCACCUGGGCGUCCCCUCCUGUCCUUGCCUUCCAUCUGCCCUCACUGGACCACGAGCCUUCUGGUCAUCUUCAACAAGACUCGUGGACUUCCUACUCACAUGAAGGGAGGACGAUGCGCAACCCUCCACCCACCUGCCUCAUCGCCUGUAACCGCGAUUCUUACCCUCUCAGAAAGAACCAGAAGCCUUCCCUCUGUGGGCUAAUACGUGCCAGCCAAACCUGUGGGCCAGCUGAGCUGAGGGUCAGGGCUGGUUGUUUCUGUAGGCUUUCUCUUCUGAGUGGAGACCAAGAAGACUGAAGAGUUUGGCAGCCUUGUUAGACGCCCAUGGACAGGUUUUGGUCUCUGGCACUCAUAAACAAUUAGAAACCUAACUUGAACUGGUUGGGAACUUGCUCCAUGAGGAAGGCCAUCCACUCCGGCCUCCCAGAACACCAGGAGCUCCUUGCCCACGCCUAAGGGAGAGGGUAGCCACCGAACUAUUGGUUGGAAGCCAGAUCUAACAGAGUUGGUCUCCUGCACCUCCGGUGUCCACAGUUAGGAAGAUACCCCUUGCAAGGCCUGUCCUCCUCCAGUGCAGUCAGGAAGGCCUACUGGGCCACUUCCCUGCAGUGCUUGGGCAGGCUCUUCCCAUAUCGUCACUACAGCCACUGAGGGGGUCUUGAACCCAGCUAACCACUUCUCUGCCCUCUUUGUAAUAGCUGAAGAACUAGGCUAAGAGCUGAGGCCCAGUGGUUCUCAAACUGGUGCACAGGAACACCAAAGGAAUGGUGGAGGCUCUGGGGCCAGAGGAUUAGGAGACCUCCCUACCCUAGUGCAUUCCUCCCCUGCCUUUCAGAUGGGAUAGAUGAGAGGUGGGCUCACCAGUGCUGAGAGAUGCUGUCAGGUUAGCACUCAAAGCCAUAGCAGCAAGCUGGCAGGAAAUUGUUGGGUUCAGUGGGUUUUAACAUGGCUCUAAAGUAGAUGCCUAUCUAGUGGCUUUUGGAACAGAAAGUCGUUCAGCGGAACAUGAGAUGGUUUGGGGAUCAAGAUUAGUGACAGUCACUUAUGAGGGUGCGAUACGAGGAGCUUUAGACUUGCAAGUGUGUUCUUUGAAAGGCUUUCCCCAAAAUGCCAGUGCCCAGGAUCCUGAGGGGAGGUCGGGGGUGGAGAGUCCGGCUGCAAACUUGCCAUGUGGCUGGGAAUGACCUUGAACUUCGGGUUUUCCUGCCGGUACUGCCCAAGAGUUAGGAUCACAGGCCUGCACCACCGCACAGCUCUCCUUUCCAUGGUAAUCCCACUGUUAGGGGCUCUGCUGCGCUGCGGGACGUGGGACAGGCUGAGCUUCAGAUCCCAUGUUGCCCCUUCUGAACACCCUGCUUCCCGUCUUUUACUUCCUCAGCAUCCCGAGGGCCCCUCCCUCCCACACUUAAGGUUUACACCAGUGUAGGCUGAGCAAUAUCCACACCUCCUCAAAAACCAGAACAGAAACAACAGGGAAGUUCCCUGAGCCUGGGACGGCUGCACGGCUGCACGUAGCCCUUCUCCCCUGGCAGGCAGUAGGUAAGCGGUGUUCACAGUGUGGUGUGACCUGGGAGGAGGGGAAGAAGCUGAGAUGAAGGAGAUUCGGGUAAACAGUAGCCACAGUGGCCAGGAACCCUCGAAAAAGCCAUUAUAAUCAGCCCUUCCGUCUCCCUUCACAAGUGCUCAGCCUGAAUUCCAUAAUCCAGGCACCCAGGUUAGCAUACCCUUUGCUCUGCCUUGCUCAUUCCGCCCCUCACUCUGCCCUUUUACUUCUUGGCAAGCAGAAAUAGCCCAUUCACAGGGUGGCCCACUGUCAGCUGCCACACAACCCAGUCCAUUUGGGAACCAUCCCUUUCUUGGGGCUCAAAUGUACAGAGUCAGGCAUGUUCUCCUGGUGCCGUUGGCUCCUCAUCACACAGUAUCUGCACCUUUCCAUGCUUGGUACUGCCCAGAUCUUGGCCUCCUCAAAGAGCCUUUUUGCUUUACCUAAUUUCAUCCCACCAGAGUGUCUAUCCCCUGUGACAUCUGCCAGGCACAGACUCAAACCCUAAGCCAUCCAUCCCACUGGGGAACUAGUCCUGUCCAUCUGGUGUUGGCGUGCUGGCUGCACACUUUGUUUUAGGGCCUGAACACCUGUGUGUAUGUGUGUGUGUAUGUGUGUGUGUGCGUGCGUGUGCUCUGUAUGUGCCAUCUGUGUACCCCUCACAUUCAUGGAGUACACUUAUAGGCACAUUACAGUGGGGACAUCAAGAUGCAAUAUUUAUGGAUUGCUGCAUGAUUCUUAAAAGUGAAUAAAACUGUUUACAGGGGCAAGGGAGCCAUUAAUUACAACGUGAA